AGGUGUCUGUUGCCGGGAACUGUGUGGGGGAGGAGCUGGGACCUGGGAAUGGCAGGGCACUGUUUGAAGAAGCAAGCAUGGUAGCAUCAAGCAUUCCCUCAAGUAUGGCUCCACGGGAACAAUGAGACGUGCUCUUGGUCUUGGAAGCUCAUCAGAAUGUUUAGAGUUGGGGAGGCGUCCAAGCGCCCAUUGCCUGGGCCGGCGCCCCCGCGGGUGCGGAGUGUGGAGGUUGCCCGGGGGAGGGCCGGCUAUGGAUUCACACUUUCGGGACAGGCGCCCUGUGUGCUCAGCUGCGUCAUGAGAGGGAGCCCUGCGGAUUUCGUGGGCCUCCGAGCUGGAGACCAGAUAUUUGCUGUCAAUGAAAUCGAUGUGAAAAAAGCGUCUCAUGAAGAUGUAGUGAAAUUAAUUGGGAAGUGCUCUGGUGUCCUGCACAUGGCGAUUGCUGAAGGCAUCGGCCGCCUCGAAUCCUGUUCCAGUGACGAAGAAGGGGGACUCUAUGAAGGAAAAGGCUGGCUGAAACCCAAGCUGGAUUCUAAAGCACUAGGUAUAAACAGAGCAGAGCGAGUCGUGGAGGAAAUGCAGUCUGGUGGAAUUUUCAAUAUGAUUUUUGAAAACCCGAGCCUUUGUGCGAGCAGUUCAGAGCCCUUGAAAUUGAAACAAAGAUCCCUUUCGGAGUCGGCCGCAGCUCGAUUUGAUGUUGGACAUGAAAGUAUGAAUAAUCCAAAUCCCAACAUGCUUUCUAAGGAGGAGAUAUCGAAAGUUAUUCACGAUGAUUCGGUUUUCAGCAUUGGACUAGAAAGUCAUGACGAUUUCGCAUUGGAUGCAAGUAUUUUAAAUGUGGCGAUGAUCGUGGGCUACUUAGGCUCCAUUGAACUUCCUUCCACGAGCUCCAAUCUGGAGUCCGACAGCUUACAAGCCAUCCGUGGCUGCAUGCGGCGCCUGCGGGCAGAGCAGAAAAUCCACUCGCUGGUGACCAUGAAGAUCAUGCACGACUGUGUGCAGCUGAGCACUGACAAGGCUGGGGUCGUGGCCGAGUACCCGGCCGAGAAGCUGGCCUUCAGCGCCGUGUGCCCGGACGACCGGCGAUUUUUCGGGUUGGUGACCAUGCAGACGAAUGAUGACGGGAGCCUGGCCCAGGAGGAGGAGGGUGCCCUGCGGACUUCCUGCCAUGUAUUCAUGGUGGACCCAGACUUGUUUAAUCACAAGAUCCACCAAGGCAUAGCUCGGCGGUUUGGGUUUGAGUGCACGGCUGACCCGGACACCAAUGGCUGUCUGGAAUUCCCGGCGUCCUCCCUCCCUGUCCUGCAGUUCAUCUCUGUCCUGUACCGAGACAUGGGUGAGCUGAUUGAGGGCAUGCGGGCCCGCGCCUUUCUGGACGGGGACGCUGAUGCCCACCAGAACAACAGCACCAGCAGCAACAGUGACAGCGGCAUCGGGAACUUCCACCAGGAGGAGAAGAGCAACCGAGUCCUUGUGGUGGACCUGGGUGGGAGCUCAAGCAGGCACGGCCCCGGAGGCAGCGCGUGGGACGGUGUGGGUGGGAGGGGUACCCAGCCCUGGGGUGCUCCCUGGUCUGGACCCUUCUGUCCCGACUCCGAAGGGAGCCCCCCAUUUGAGGCCGCUCAUCAGACUGACAGGUUCCGGGACCUAAACAAGCACCUAGGACCGGCCUCCCCUGUGGAGGUGCCUCCAGCUUCUUUGAGGAGCUCAGUCCCGCCUUCCAAGAGGGGCACCGUGGGCGCCAGCUGUGGUUUCAACCAGCGCUGGCUCCCGGUUCACGUGCUCCGGGAGUGGCAGUGCGGACAUGCCAGCGACCAGGAGUCUUACACAGAUUCCACCGACGGCUGGUCCAGUGUCAACUGCGGCACGCUGCCCCCUCCUAUGAGCAAGAUCCCCGCGGACCGCUACAGGGUGGAGGGCAGCUUCGCGCAGCCCCCGCUGAGCGCUCCCAAGAGGGAGUGGUCCAGGAAGGCCUUUGGAAUGCAAAACAUUUUUGGUCCCCAUCGAACUGUUCGAAAGACUAAGGAAGAUAAAAAGGGCUCCAAAUUUGGGCGGGGAAUUGGACUCACUCAGCCUUCUCAACGCACGUCUGCUCGGAGAUCAUUUGGGAGAUCUAAGAGAUUCAGUAUCACUCGCUCCCUUGAUGAUCUUGAGUGGUCCACAUGUGCCAGGAGAUGUGGGAAUGGCUGCCCCUGAAGUCAUGUGGAGAAAUGGGGUCCUCAUCACACACCAUACACAAACAUCAGCUCACAAAUGGAUUAAAGGCACUUAAGACCUGAAACCAAAAAAACUCCUAGGAGAAAACACGGGGGAAAGCUCCAUGACAUCAGUCCUGGCAAUGAUUUUUUUUUGGACAUGACACUAAAAGAAUAAGCAACAAACUAAAAGUAAACAAUUGGGAUUACAUUGAGGUAAAAAGUUUCUGCACAACAAAGGAAACAACCAACAAAAUGAAAAAGGAACCUGUGAAUGGGAGAAAAUAUUUGCAAACUGCAUAUCCAGUAAGGGGUUAAUAUCCAAAUACAUAAGGAACUCAUACAACUCAGUGGCAAAAACCAAAUAACCCAAUUAAAAAAUGGCAAAAGGCCAUAGUAGACAUUUUUCCAAAGAAACUCUACAGAUGGCCAAUAGGUAUAUGCAGAGGUCUCAGCAUCACCCAUCAUCAGAGAAAUGCAGUCACAACAGUGAGCUGUCACUGCAUGCCUGUAGAAUGGC